UCCUGACAGAACGACGGACAGGACUGAAUUCGGAGUAUAUUUAUAAUCGUCUGACGCACGAGUAAAAUCAGACCUAGGCCCAAAGUGUGACAUCUGCUGCUUACGCACCUCAUCCAUAUUAUUUCAAACGAAAAGAGACGAUUGUAUAUUCAAAAUGUUCCAGAAGCCAUUUCGAGUUAAAACACAGACAGCAAUCAAGGGAUCGGACAGGAAAAAGCUGCGUGCUUCUUUAGGGUCCAGUUUUCCCAGUUUAACAGCAGAUGAUCUGACGCGAGCUGUGCCGGCCAAAGAGGAGAUGACCGUGACAAAGAUUUACACCCAUUCGGGUGAUACAGCGGUCUUUUACAGCCUUAACAAGAACCCAGCAUUUUUGGAAUUUGGGCGACAGCUUUAUCCUACAGUUUAUACACUAUGGAAAUUUCCAUGCAUGAUGUUUACUUUCACAACAUGGUCACCACUGUUAAAAAAGUUUCUGGGAGGAGCAGAUCUGAUGUUGCCUGGAGUUAUAGUACAAGGGGAGAUUACUCCAGCUACGUUCAAACACAUCAACAAAGGGGAUACGUGUGCAGUAAAGCUGAAUGGAAAUCUUGCACCAGUUGCUGUAGGAAAGACGGCACUCUCUGGGUCAGACAUGUUUGACUCGGGGAUGCGAGGAAAGGGAGUGCACUUCAUACACAUGCUUGGGGAUGAGCUAUGGGCAUAUGGAGACCAGUCUCAGCCUCCACUAAUUCCAGAUGCAGCUGCUGUAAAAGACAUAGACUCAUUUGCUGAAGAAGGGGGUGGGGCAGGGAAUGAUUGUGCCGCUGGGGACGGAACAGAUAGAGAGAUGAGUAACCAUGUUAGAUCUUUGUGUGUAGAGGAUGAUGUGAACAGAUCCUCAUUGACUAAUAAUCAGGUUGGUAACCAUGGUGACAAUAUUAAAGGUGCUACAGGUGGUAACCAUGGAGAUAAUGCUGAAAGUGCUAAAGCUGGGGAUCCAGACGUUUCUGCAUCUGUUGGGUCUGGGACAGAUGAGGUAGAUGCUUUGCUAGACAGAUGCUUUAAGUGUGCUAUUAAGGCGUCUGUAAAGGAUUCUGACCUGCCUCUACUCACCAGUGCCUUCUACCGCCAACACAUGCUGCCUUACUGUCCAACAGGAAAAAGCUUAGACAUCAAAAAGUCCAGUUAUAAGAAGUUAUCAGUGUUUCUAAGACAAAAAAUGAAAGAAGGCUACAUCAGAGUUCGUGAGGAUUAUACAAGAGAUGCAGAGGUCAUCGUCUCAAUAUGCGAUAAUCAUCUCGGGUUGGAAGACAUAAACGCGUCAGACCUGGAACGGUCAUUUGGAGUAGCUGGCGCCACCGCUGCAGAAUCUUUCCAAACCCCAAUUAUCACAGAGAUGUUUUCCAUCCCGUCAGCUUUAGUACAUCUUGUUAAACCGUAUGGCCACAGUAAGGGCAGUGCGCUGACAGGACAGGAGAUGAGGACCUUAAUCACAGACUACGUCAGGGAUAACAACCUGCAGGAUGAAAACAAUAAAAGACAAAUCCAGCUAGACCCUCAUUUAGCAGACAUUGUCUUAAACAAAGGGGAGGGCAACACCCUCUACAUGAAUUGGGAAGAUGUCUUUUCCAAGGUUUUAAGUAAAGCACAGCCAGCUUUUAGUGUGACAUACCCAGGAAAGCCAGCCGUCAUAUCAAAGGGAAAGUUAGAACCCAUCAGAAUCACAGUGGAACAGCGGGCCAGCAACAAAAAGGCCACUUUGAUAGACAACUUAGAGACGUUUGGUAUUGAUGCAACAGAUUUAGCCCAUCGUGUUCAGGUGGGCGUGGCAUGUAGCACCAGUGUUAUUCCCCACCCACAGAAGGGCAAGGGCAUGCAGGUUCUCAUACAGGGUAACCAAGUGAGAUUCGUUGCAGACCUCCUCCUAGAAAAAUUUAAAGUACCGAGGAAAUAUGUCACUGGACUUGAAAAAAUGCCGAAGAGUAAGAAGAAGAAAUAAUCUGGAUUGCAACGUACGUGGUUGUGAUGAUUAAAGUUUUCUGAAAACAUCAACAACGCAGCCAGCAUUAUUUUCGCUGAAUCAUCUAUUCACUGUGGUUUGGUGGUUCACAUGCUGAUAGUUGCAUUUAUUGGAUCUGAACUGGCAUGUCUUCAACACCCAUUUGAUAUUCAGUGAAAAGAACUGUUAUCUGCGAAAGCCUGUUUUUAAUCUAAAACGACAAAAAAUAAAUAAAUACAACAUGACUUUGUGAUUCACCAUUUUAAUGUUUUCUUUCCAAGGGUGAUAUUAAUUUUACAAAGGAUUUUCAUUAGCAAAGAAACAAGACUAGACCUACAAUUUACAAUGGUAAUAAUUUAAGUCACAACUAUCUUCAAAUGGGUAUAUAUUACCCUGUACCGGGUAAUAUAUGUUCUGUAUGGUCGUCACUCUUGUCCCUCCAUUAUCUUUAGGGGUAAAUGUACGUUCAUAUGCAUGAUUUGCUUUGAACAAUUACAGCUUUGUUGCUCAAUUUAUAAGAUCAAAUUGGUUAAAUAAACAACAGAAAGAGUUAUUGUUCAAAAUAAAGUGACAAUUUAAUCUUCGUCAAUGUGAAAGGUAAAUGAACCAAGCUUUAUCUUAUAAUAUGGCUCUUUGUAAACACUGAUAGGGUCGAUUCCAUU